AAUCCUAUUCUUAUCCAAAUUCAUAAUUUUAGUAUCACAAAUUAAUAAAAAUUGCAGAAAAAUAGACAAGUAUAUAUCACCACAAGGGUAGAAGAAGAACAAGUAGCGAUAUCAGUCCUCAUCGAUCAUUUUAAAGUUGUAGAGAGAUUGAGAGAUGGGUAAGGGAGGAAAGAGUGAUGGCUCAAAUGUUGAAGAAGAAAACAUGGCUGCUUGGCUUGUUUCCAUCAACACCCUCAAGAUCCAGCCCUUUAAGCUUCCACCUCUUGGGCCUUAUGAUGUUAGAGUAAGAAUGAAAGCUGUGGGUAUCUGCGGUAGUGAUGUUCACUAUCUCAAGACAUUAAGAUGUGCAGAUUUUGUGGUGAAAGAACCGAUGGUUAUCGGACAUGAAUGUGCUGGUGUGAUUGAAGAAAUUGGCAGCAACGUGAAGGAUCUUGUCCCUGGUGAUCGUGUAGCUCUUGAGCCUGGAAUUAGCUGCUGGAGAUGCACACAAUGCAAAGAAGGCCGAUACAAUCUUUGCCCGGAUAUGAAAUUUUUCGCCACUCCUCCCGUCCACGGAUCUCUUGCCAAUCAGGUGGUGCAUCCAGCGGAUUUAUGUUUCAAACUGCCGGAAAAUGUGAGUUUGGAAGAAGGUGCGAUGUGUGAACCGUUGAGUGUCGGAGUCCAUGCUUGUCGUCGUGCUAAUAUAGGCCCUGAAACAAAUGUUUUGGUCAUGGGGGCGGGGCCCAUCGGCCUCGUCACCAUGCUUGCUGCUCGAGCUUUUGGAGCUCCGAGAAUCGUUAUUGUUGAUGUUGAUGACAACCGGUUGUCAGUCGCAAAAGAGCUUGGAGCAGAUGAAAUCAUCAAAGUCUCGAUUAAUAUUCAGGAUGUGGAAGGAGAAGUGGAAUCGAUACAGAAAGCCAUGGGAGGUGGAGUGGAUGUGAGCUUUGAUUGCGCAGGUUUCAACAAGACAAUGACAACGGCUCUCACCGCCACACGUGCCGGCGGCAAAGUGUGUCUGGUGGGGAUGGGCCACCAUGAGAUGACUGUUCCGCUUACUCCGGCAGCCGCCAGGGAGGUUGAUGUGGUGGGGAUCUUCCGGUACAAGAACACGUGGCCUUUGUGUUUGGAGUUUUUGAGAAGUGGGAAGAUUGAUGUGAAGCCAUUGAUAACUCAUAGAUUUGGUUUCUCUCAGAAGGAAGUGGAAGAAGCUUUUGAGACGAGUGCACGUGGCGGCAGCGCCAUUAAGGUUAUGUUUAACCUUUGAAGAAGAACUCAAGAAGAACAAAAAUAAGUGAAAUAUUGCUUUUAAAUAUUUUGUUGUAAUUUUCAUGUUUGUGAAAAUGUGUAUCUCCUGUCUGAAAGUAAUUUAUAGUAUUUUCAUCAAGUUUUUUGUACUAACAUCAAC